AUGGCUACUGCUCGGGGGGGCGGACUCCGAGAAUGACUCUGAUGGUGAAAUUUCUGAAGAUCCAGAACGACAGGCGCUAGAUUAUGUGUCCAGGGUACUUGGCACUCACAGCCUGCAGGACAAAGUCCAGCAGCCUCCACACGCAUUGUCUAUAGGGGCUCAGGACAGCAACAAGCAUGAAGGUCUAGAUCUGAAGAAAUCUCCAGUGACCGGAGACCAUGGGGGAGAUGUCAUCAUUGCUCUUACGUCUUCCCUUGGAGCUCAUCCUUCACAUAUUGUCCUAUCUCGAUCCGCGGUUCAUCCUCGAUGUAUUGCCUCUUGUGUGCCACACUCUGCGGGAUGUUGUGGCGGAUGAGGUGACAUGGAAGUUGCGGGUUCAGAGAGGGAUAAGUGCUAAUUAUCCAGUGGUAGAACAAGAACAUUUUGAUUGGCCAGCUGCUUGCAUUGAACUAGAAGAGCAGGUGUCUAAUUGGUCAGAUGAAGGAAAGAAGACAGAGCGGUUCUCAUUGUCUGAUGGCCAUUUUGCCCCCGUGGAUGCCGUGCUGCUCUUGAAGAGAGGGUCACUGUGUGUGUCUGGAUCCCGGGACAGAAAUGUCAUCCUUUGGGACCUGAAACAACUGGGUAAACAAAACGAAAAAGUAAAAAGCAAGGUGCUAGGAACUGCGAAGACAGGAACACACAAGGGAUGGGCCUGGUCCCUUGCCACCUGUGACAAUUGUGUCUGCUCAGGCUCCUGGGAUAGCACCAUGAAGAUAUGGGACAUAGCAGCGGAUGGGCAACAGGUUGGAGAGAUUCGUGGCCGAGCAGCAAUCCUGUGCCUGGCUUAUCUAUCAGACAUCUUAGUUUCAGGAUCCUAUGACAAGAGAGUGAGCAUGUAUGAUCCAAGAGCUUCUCAUCCAUUGAUCAAGUCCAGAAAAUUACAUUCCAGUCCAGUGUUGUCACUAGUGGCUGACGAUCGGCACAUUGUGUCAGGUGGAGAGGACCGAACAUUGGUGGUGUUUGACCGCAGGGUUAAUGCAGUUCUGCAAACCAUACAGAUGGACAACUAUCUGUUCUGCAUGGAUUAUGAGGCACCACAGCUAUGGGCAGGAAACAACCAAGGACUAGUCCAUGUGUACGGAAGCCAAGGAGGGACAUUCCAGCACCUGCGGUGUUUUGAUGUAGGUCACACCUCACAGAUCACUGGCAUCUGUCACUCAGCAGGCACACUCUAUACAACUUCCACUGAUAAAACCAUGAAGGUCCACAUUCCUACCGACCCUCCACGCACACUUUGCACACUGAGACACAGCAACGUCGUCAAUGGGGUAAGUUUGUUGUUUCAAAAAUAA